GCUCAUCAUCCUUCCUUCCACUUCCACCUGCACACCGUUAACACAGUAAGCUAGCGACAACACGUUACUUCCCAGUAAUACAUUGCAUCUACAGCCAUGGCAGAUCCAAGAACACGGCAGAUUAAGAUUAAAACUGGUAUUGUUAAACGGCUGGCCAAGGAGGAGAUUGCGUACAUAACUGAAGCGAAGCAGCAGGAAGAGAAGAUCGAGCGCCUGAAAACAGAGGCGGCAGAUGAUUAUGUCAUCAAGAAACAGAUGGAGGUGUUGCAGGAGUCCAGAAUGAUGAUCCCAGAUUGUCACCGCCGGCUGGCCAUAGCACACGCAGAUCUGCUACAGCUGCUAGAAACAGAAGAGGAAUUGGCUGAAUCAGAGGAGUACAAAGAGGCUAGAAGCAUAUUGGACUCAGUGAAGCUUGAAGGAUGAUUUCUGAUGCAUUUCUGUUCUCACUGUGAGAUUCACUUGCUUAAAUGUCCAUUCCUUUCGUCAGGCCUUGUUUGGAACCGUGGAGGCCAACUGAAUCCAUUCAAAGUCUCUUUUCUUGAUGUAAUUAUUUCUUUUCUUUACUGCUAACGUGCCACCACAUUUUGAUCACGCUUCUCCUGUGUGAAAAAAAUAAAAUAAUUCCACAAUAAUAUUAUAAAACCUUCAGUUUAUUAUAGUAGAUUAGUGUAGUGUUUUCUUUAAGUGUUGUUUGACCCUUUUAUGCACUGUUUACACAUUGAAACUGGGAGAAACACAUGAAAGUUUAAUGUUGAUCUCAUAGAUUAAUGAGAUUAAUGGCAUUAACAGUGCUGUUAUUCCUGUUAGCAGCAGUGAAAUGGACUGUGUCUUGAUAUCUACAAUAAAGGCAAGAGCUCUUUUGGUAA